AUGGAUGUGGUCGUCGCCGCUCUGUGUGUACUAGCCGCGCCGAUUCUCGCCUACGUCGCGGCGAACCUCGCUUCCCCGGACCCCUUACCGCUGUACGGCGUCUACGCCAUCCCCGGCAGGUGGUUUUGGGUGAAGUACCACGCGAUGAGAUUGAUGUUAACUUUAGCGAGGCGGCGGACUCCUCACGCGGGCAGGAGGUCGGUGAACCCGGCGCUGAUGCGACAAGGUGAAGAGAAGAUGUCUGAGAUUGACAUCUACCCUGGGAUUGGUGACGAUCCGUUGGGUCACAACUCGUUCUACGUAAACGGGUCCGACCAGACGGGCGCGACUCGCUUGAUUGCUCGGGUGGCCAUCCGUCCGGACGGUCGGCGCGACGUUUGGUUCCUACUGCGUCUGCCCGACCUGGGCGACCUAGUUCUGCCCUGUCACCCGCACUGCGUCCUGACCGAUGUCCCCGGGGACGGGUUCAGCGGGGGAGGCCUUGAUUGCACGGUCAUUGAACCCUUGAAGAAAUGGAAGAUCGUCUACAAUGGACCCUGCCGGUGGUCAGCGUUAACGUCCUACUAUGAUUUCACGACGGACGUUCAUCCACGCCUGGCUGCCCACAACCUCGCCAAGGAGAAAUGGACGGGCCAACUUUUCCAAAAACUUAAAGCCAUGAAGCAGAUUCACAUCGAGCAGUUUGGGACGCUGGAAGGCGUGGUACGGGUCGGUGAACGUUCGGAACGGGGGGUGGUGUUGACGGGGGUCAAGGACCGAUCGGAAGGCCCUCGACGAUGGGCGGACUUGCGCAGUUACGUCUUGAACUUCAUCGUUCUGGAUCCGACUGGGGAAAUUUUUCCAGCCGUAUCUGUCGAUCUGCCAUUGGCUGAUUUGGUGGAAAAGACGGAAGAUCCACCAACGACUUUCGCUUUAAGUAUGCAACCAGAGGUUGGAGAGAAGCUUUUUGUAGAAGUUGAGAUCGACGACGUCAUGCAUUUCAACAUGGACACCGAUUGGAGCGUGAAAAUACGCGAAGGACUGAGUCGAUUCACGGUCAACGGGGUGAAAGGAACGGGCGUGUGCGAAAUAUUAAAGAGAUACUACGGAGGCUGUCCAGUGCCCCUCAACAAACAAAGUGCCUCUUGA